GGGGCCAUUUCCUGACGCCUUUGCGACACUGGGGAGCUGUCUUAAGGGAGGCUGGGCCCCAGUGGAAGUGAAGGCCUGGGGCUGGCCAGCUGGGGGAGAGCCCCCCACCCUCUCCCCGUCUCCUGCCGGCUCACAGCCUCCUCUUCCCCCAGCACGCCAUGUCCCUGGCUGAGGCCAUCAGACUCUGGAAUGAUGGGGUGCUGGCAGCCGACAAGAAGGACUGGAAGGGAGCCCUGGACGCCUUCUCCGCAGUCCAGGACCCCCACUCCAGGAUUUGUUUCAACAUUGGCUGCAUGCACACAGUCCUGGGAAACUGGGCGGCGGCAGAGAAGGCCUUCUCCAGAACCAUUAACCGAGACAAACACCUGGCAGUGGCCUACUUCCAGCGAGGGAUGCUCUACCACCGGAUGGAGAAGUACGACUCCGCGAUUAAAGACCUGAAGGAGGCCUUGGCUCAGCUCCGGGGCAACCAGCUGAUAGACUACAAGAUCCUGGGGCUGCAGUUCAAGCUGUUUGCCUGUGAGGUGUUAUACAACAUUGCUUUCAUGCAUGCCAAGAAGGAGGAAUGGAAAAAGGCCGAAGAAAACUUAGCCCUGGCGAUGAGCAUGAAGUCGGAGCCGAGACAUUCCAAAAUUGACAAAGCCAUGGAGUGUGUGUGGAAGCAGAAGCUGUACGAGCCGGUGGUGAUCCCCGUGGGCAGGCUCUUCCGACCCAAUGAGAGGCAAGUGGCCCAGCUGGUGAAGAAGGAUUACCUGGGCAAGGCUAUGGUGGUGGCAUCUGUGGUGGAUCAAGACAGUUUCUCGGGAUUUGCCCCUCUGCAGCCGCAGGCAGCGGAGCCUCCCCCCAGACCCAAAACCCCCGAGAUCUUCAGGGCCCUGGAAGGGGAGGCUCACCGCGUGCUGUUCGGGUUUGUGCCUGAGACCCCGGAGGAGCUCCAGGUUCAGCCCGGGAACAUCGUCUUUGUAUUGAAGAAGGGCAACGACAACUGGGCUACGGUCAUGUUCAACGGGCAGAAGGGGCUUGUUCCCUGCAACUUCCUGGAACCCGUGGAGCUGCGGAUCCAUCCUCAGCAGCAGCCCCAGCAGGAGGAUGCUUCCCCAGAGUCUGACAUCCCAGCUCCGCCCAGUUCCAGUGCUCCAGGAAGACCCCAGCUGUCACCAGGUCAGAAAGAAAAAGAAGAGCCCAAGGACAUAAAGCUCAGUGUCCCCAUGCCCUACACACUCAAGGUGCACUACAAGUACACGGUGGUCAUGGAGACCCAGCCUGGAUUCCCCUACAGCCAGGUGCGGGACAUGGUGUCUAAGAAACUGGAGCUCCUGCCGGAACACACGAAGCUGAGCUAUCGGCCCAGGGACAGCCAUGAGCUAGUGCCCCUGUCCGAAGACAACAUGAAGGAUGCCUGGGGCCAAGUGAAAAACUACUGCCUGACUCUGUGGUGUGAGAACACAGUGGGUGACCAAGGCUUUCCAGAUGAACCCAAGGAAAGUGAGAAAUCGGAUGCCAAUAGCCAGACAUCAGAACCACAGCUGAAGGAAGGGAGCCAAGUGGUAGCAAUCUUCAGUUACGAGGCUACCCAACCAGAAGACCUGGAGUUUCUGGAAGGGGACGUCAUCCAGGUUCUGUCCAAGGUGAACGACGAGUGGCUGGAAGGGGAGUGCAGAGGGAAGUUUGGCAUUUUCCCCAAGGCUUUUGUUGAAGAACGUGCAGCCACAGACCUGGAGGGCACUCCCAGGGCAGUCUAGGAUGCCUCACAACUACGGAGUGGAAGGAAAAACUACCAUCGCAUUUGUAAGGUUUCAGAUGCCUCUGUGGUACAUGGUAUAAUGUCAACUAAUCUACUUUCCCCUGUUAAGAUGUAACCUGUUAGACAAUGAUGUGAGAAUUUAGGAUUAUGAACACCCGGGGGGAGUGAGGGGGGUUGGAAGUGUCUGGAAGGGCAUGAGGUGGCAUCCCAGGUGCUGAUUUUUUUGCUCAGAGUACUGGCUACCCAGAUGUGUUCACUUUAUGAAAAACGCACUGAGUUGCAGUUAUUAUUGGUGCACUUCUCUGUAUGUGUGAUAGAAAUAAAAACCUAAGACACUCAGAA